CCGCAAAAGGAUUCUACUUCGUCGUCAUUGUACUGGAUAACGAUCAUCCUUUUCUGCGUCGCAUUUUUCUUUUGCUGCGGCGUAAUUGUCAUCACCAUGGUGCCAACAGGUGGCAGUGGAGACAGUGAUGUGGUCGAUGAAGCCCCGGACCAAGGAAGCGGUGGCGGUGGCGGUCAAGGACCGGGACCUGUGGUGCCGAAUAACCCCCCCGUUAUAUACAGCGGAACAGACACAACCAGCAGUGGCCAGCCUACCAGUGCGGGCCCGGCUGCAUCUGCGAGGUCGCAGGCGACUCCUGCUGGUGCGAGCCUUCCUGCAAGUGCGAGCCUUCCUUCAGGCCCGCCGACCACUCAAAGAACAACUGCGACUAGGAGAAUGACUGCUGCACCUCCGAGGUCACAAACGACUCCUACGAGAAUAACUACCACACCACCUGCGAGCACAAGUGCGCCUAAACCUGAAGUGGCAACACCCAUGGCACCAUAUAGCUACGUAUGCACCAUCAGCGAAGCGUGGCGAGGAAACACGACGUACCUACCUCCAGACAACGCGUGCGACUACUUGUUCUACGACUCGCUCUACAAGGACAACAAGAACGCCCUCAUCGAUGGCAUACAGCUGUGGGACGCCGGAGCCCAGCAGUUCGUCGCGCAGGCGUCCGUGUACAAGCACACAAAGUUGGGCUUUUCGUUCGCGGACAAGUUUCACCUUCUGAGAAGAGACAUAAAUGACCCGAAAUUUUUCACCAUCAUCGACGAUAUUUGGAGGAACAAUAUAUCCCACUUCGGCAUGCUGGAUGUCAGCGGGCGCUACCCAACUGAUAUAGUGGUCUAUGAGUGUCUCAUUCUGCUCAAGGACAUUCUUCACACCUUCCAUGUUCAUCUCCAUCGCGCACCUUCCGUACUCGGUCAGCUAUGCCCGUAACUGCCGUAUAAUUCCUGUUGCUAUGGCUGAGCCUUUACCAGUCGACGUGCACUGGAACACUGACGGACACACCGUGAACGACAGUUUGGAUUUGCUUCGGGAAGUGGCCAAGCUUGGCCUCUCUAUUCCCCUUGCGAUGUCGUUUGGCAUGAGAGGACUGGUCUACGCCCCCAAGUUUCUCAACGAAGCCGCACCGACAAUCGAAGAGUUCCAGCUA